AUAUAACAGCAUAGUGAUCGCAUACAACCAUGUGGGAAGCGCCUCGGAUCUCGGACAGCGACUGAAUCUCGAAUCCUCAGCAAGUCGGGAAUCGAGCUGGAAGAAAACGCACUCUAUAUUCCGAGGACGCUCCCUCAAACGAACGAUGAAGCGUCACGAACCCAAGACCUCCAAGCGAAGCUGCGAAACCAAAGCGAUCCUCGAAGCGAACCCGAAAGCUCCGCGACCGAGUCGAACCGCCGAAGAAGUAUACACAACCAUAACGGUGCGUUCGGCUGAUCCGCCUUCUCGGACACUCAGCUCGACAAGCUUCGGCCCGUUCGAGGGCGAAACAGGACGGCCUGCGGCAAAUGUGGGUAGGUAAAGUGUUAGGUUGUGGUAUCGUUGUCGUGGACGGAUCCGGAGGAGGUGCCGUACAUAGGUAGCUAGAAGGCGAUUCGGAGACGGGAUUAGUUGGCUUUUUCAUGGAGCUGUGUGGUGGACUUUUCGGAUGAUAUGGCAUAAGAGAAAGCAGGUAGCAGAUGUGCCUGAUCUAGCUACCGUGGGCCCUGUUCUGGGUUCCCGAUGCGGUCCCGUUCUGGUCCCUGGAUCUCACUACUUAUUUCGAGACGCGGGCUUGGAUCUAGCCGGCUAUGGGAAACACUUUGGGAGCUCGCCCUACCAUGCUAGCAAGCUACGCGCUUUUUGGAAGGGUCAACACCUCUUUCUCUUCCCUCAUCAUCCGCACCGCGAGAAAUACCCCGUCUCCAUUGUUAUGUCUUGCCACUGCAGCAGGUAUUCGUGAAUGGCUUGUUGACGAACCAUUCUUCCAGACUGGACAUCGCGAACUUCGUCCGUUUUUUUGGGGGGG